CGAAGAAAAAAUCACAGAACUUCUUUAAUAUUAAAAGAAUCGCGAGAACCAGAGGACACAAGUGAAAGCAGUGAAACGAUCAAACAUCCUGAUGAAGAUGUCGAUACUAAACCAUCACACUCCUAUAUAGCUCUUAUAGCCAUGGCUAUAUUAAGUAAGCCCAGUAGAAAGGUAUUAUUGGGCGAUAUUUACAGCUAUAUUUCAGAGAACUUUCCCUACUAUCGUAGCAAAGAUAAAAGUUGGAGGAACAGCAUUCGACAUAAUCUUUCUCUCAAUGAAUGUUUCAUAAAAGCAGGUCGAAGUGAGAAUGGUAAAGGGAAUUACUGGGCAAUACAUCCAGCUAAUGUUGAAGAUUUUGCCAACGGUGAUUUCCGACGAAGACGAGCAAGACGUCGCGUGAGGAAAAGUCAUUCAGCCUUAUGUACGAGAUACGCUCCGUUUCCCUUUCAAAAUCAUCCUUUCUACAGAACAAUCGAUCCGUAUUUACAGUCGUACUAUCUUACUCCGUUUAAUUUACCACACUGUGUACGCAAAAGUAACUUUCCUGUUGAGAACUUGAUUAGAGCAUCAAUGGACUAUAUACCAUCAAACAUAAUCGAAUGUAGUCCUCGUUCCGAUAAUAUCUGUCAAUCUGCUCUCCUUCGAGCAGGCUGUCAGACUUCAAGGAUACCUUAUGUAUCAACGGCCGUUUCAACGCAACCUGCUGUAAUCACAACGAAUUCAAUCACGAGAAGCAACGACAUUCCAACUGAAAGUUGGCAAGACACUUGGAGGAAGCUAAAAGCUCAAUUUAAUCAAAAUCAGAAAUAGAACAACGCGAAGUUGUAUUCAUUGAACAAGGAAAUAUUUAUGAAUAGUGAACAUAGGUUUUUAUAUUUUGCCUUUGGGGUGAAUAUUGUUCAAUAAUCAAUAUAGAUAUAUGUAUAUUAUAUAUUGCUGUUUUGUUAAAACGUACUGAUUGGUCUUUAUCUCGAUCGACAUAUCGUUACAAAUAUUUAUCCUCGCCAAUAUUGACACUUAUACAAGUUUAUUAAAAUGAAAACAUAAAUUAAAGUUUAUAUGUACAUUUUAUUUGUUGAAAUAUACAAUGUAAUUCAAUAGUAUACAAUAACAAAAAAGCGUGUAUGGUGUUGUCGAUAGAGCUUUGUUGUUUUAAACGUUUUAGCUUUAUUAUUUUAAAUUGAGAGAGCACAAACUCAAAAUAACAAAAUUAUUUACCAGUC